AUGAUUGAUACAGAUCACUUGGAGCGAGCUUCUGUUGCAGUUAACCUUUCUGAGAUGCAGCCUGGUUUCGUGAUGUUCCAGCAAGUUGUCCCACUUUGCGUCUUAUCACUCUUGCGCAGCCGGGGACUACGUACAGCUGAGGCCUCUCGUGCUUCUUGUGUAAGGAUUCCUACCAAGAAACAGCACUUUUCUGAUGUCGUACUUAGUGAAGAAUACCUCAAUCUUGGUGUAGAGCAAGUGUGCACUCUUAUAUCCAGUGACAAACUCACAAUUGCCUCGGAAGAGAAGGUGUUUGAAGCAGUGAUAGCGUGGGUAAACCAUGACAAAGAUGUGAGGCAGGAGCUAAUGGCACGCCUCAUGGAGCAUGUUCGGUUGCCUUUGCUUUCCCGCGAGUAUUUAGUUCAGAGAGUUGAAGAAGAAAUUUUGGUUAAGAACAGCAGUGCUUGUAAAGAUUACCUCAUUGAAGCUAUGAAGUAUCACUUGCUGCCAACUGAGCAACGAGCAUUGAUGAAAAGCACUCGAACGAAAUUGAGAACACCCGCUAGCCUUCCAAAAUUGAUGAUGGUAGUUGGAGGACAAGCACCAAAGGCAAUUCGCAGUGUUGAAUGCUAUGAUUUUAAAGAGGAACGCUGGCAUCAGGUGGCUGAAUUGCCUUCCAGAAGAUGUAGAGCAGGAAUGGUUUACAUGGGAGGCAUGGUUUAUGCUGUUGGAGGUUUCAACGGUUCUUUGAGAGUCCGCACGGUAGAUUCCUAUGAUCCGGUGAAGGACCAGUGGACGAGCGUUGCCAAUAUGCAAGACAGGAGAAGCACACUGGGAGCAGCUGUAUUAAAUGGCCUUCUUUAUGCUGUGGGAGGAUUUGAUGGGAGUACAGGUUUAUCAUCAGUUGAAGUUUACAACUUAAAGACUAACGAGUGGUUUCAUGUAGCUCCAAUGAACACAAGAAGAAGUAGCGUUGGUGUAGGUGUUGUUGGAGGUAAACUGUAUGCUGUUGGUGGCUACGAUGGGGCGUCACGGCAGUGCCUUAGUUCAGUAGAAUGCUAUGAUGCUAAUACAAAUGAGUGGACGUAUGUUGCAGAAAUGAGCACUAGACGGAGCGGAGCAGGUGUUGGUGUGUUAAACAAUUUACUGUAUGCAGUAGGUGGGCAUGAUGGUCCUUUGGUAAGAAAAAGUGUUGAAGUGUUUGAUCCUGUUGCCAGUACAUGGAAGCAAGUUGCAGACAUGAACAUGUGCAGAAGGAAUGCAGGUGUUUGUGCUGUAAAUGGUCUCUUGUAUGUAGUUGGAGGAGACGAUGGUUCCUGUAAUUUAUCAACAGUGGAAUAUUAUAAUCCAACAACUGAUAAAUGGACAGUUGUGUCAUCUUGUAUGAGCACAGGAAGGAGCUAUGCAGGUGUUACAGUUAUUGACAAACCAUUAUGAUCAGUAGAAGGAUUUUCAACUUGAUUAUGCACUAGAAGCAGCUUUCAACAAGUGUAUUUGAAGUGACUGAGUAUCUAAGCACUUCUCUACUUGUAGCUGCCCCUUGAGUCACAGUGGAAGAUGUGACUGUCUACAAUUACAGACGAGAGAUGAUGAAGAUUACUCUAGGUAGAAGCAAUGCGUAGGAUUCUUCUGCAGUUGAGCAGAAGCUGAUUGAAAUUGAAAGUCUAGUGGACAAUUUUUUUUAUUGCAAGGUCUUCAAGAAAAAAUAAAAAAGCCACUUUCAUAAGGACCGACUUACGUGAGUCGUGAUUGAGAAACGGAUUGUCAGUGAAGAAUGGUGUGUAUUCUGGUGAAAGUAAAUUUUUGUCUUAUUUUUUCCAGAGACUAAUAAAUAUAUUUAAAGAAAUGAACCGUCAGUCUUCUUAGUAGGUAUUGAAUCCCACUUCAGUAAUUCAAGCUGGCAUGGGGUAAAUUUGUUUCCUUUUAUAAAACUUUUGUUACAUAAAUAUACUAUGUGCAUAUGUUUGUGUGAGCAUAAGUUGCUUUCUAUUGAAAUUCUUCGAAACCUGACUUUACUAUUUAUAAUUUGGCACAGUACUUUGAAUAUGUCAGUACUAUGUUGUAAGAGAGAGUUGUAUUUUUUGAUAUGUAACAAUGCUAAAACACUACUAAUUCCCACUGGAGGAGAUCAGAGAUGAUAUAACACUUCUUGAACAGGUGUAAUUUCAAGAUCUUUUUAAUAAAAAUGUUGUGUCUACUUAUGAUUUAUUUUUUUCUGUUCAAUUCUGGUCACAUUGAGAUGUUAAUUCUUUCUUACCUUUUUAUCCAAAAGGUGAUUUGGCAUGAAAAUAACUGAAAAUUUAUAAUGAAUGUAUGAAAUUGCGUUGAACUUGCAUGGUACUAAGACCUAUUUAUGUGUGUAACCUUAGCUUCUCUUAGCUAAUAUCUGGAUGUACUGUAUGUGGCCACGCUUAUAAAGCACUCAUUUUUAUUCGUUCUUGGAUGGCCUCCUUUUAACAUGACCAAAGUUAUUGUCAUACCUGAGACCUUUUCUUCAAAUAAAAGUUUGUAUAUUGUUUCCUAAUGCCAACAA